AUGUGUCUCACAACGACUUCACCAUCUUUCACGCCGCAGUUAAUGACCACAGCGAUGGUGCUCGUACAGAAUCGCGAAUUGAAUUGGAUUAAAUGUCGCGCGUUAAUGGACACAUGCGCUACCGCGAGUUUCAUUUCUGAAAAUUUUGCAAAACGUUUAGGAAACCCGAUAACCGCGUGCUCAUUCCCAAUCGGUGCAAUUAAUUCUAUGAAUACAUUGUCGAAGGGCGUUAUUCGAAUCACCAUCCGGUCAUCAAACAGCGAAAUCUGUAAAGAUUUAACGUGUCUAUUGAUUCCAACUAUUUCAGAUUCAGUUCCAUCAGAAUAUUUUCCUCGAGAAACUAUCAAAAUACCGCACAACAUACCAUUAGCAGAUCCAGAAUUUCACGUGCCGCACCCCGUGGAUAUAUUAAUCGGUUCCGGGCCGACAUUAUCUUUAUUUUCAAUAGGUCAAAUCAAUUUAUCUCGAGACGGCUUCGAUCUAUUUUUGCAGAAAACGCGAUUAGGUUGGAUAAUUGCGGGGGGCGGUGCUUCGCCGAGUCGUCCGAAGUUCGCCGCGUGCUCGUUAACUAACUUAGAAAGGCAAAUCGCUAAUUUUUGGACGAUUGAAGAAACAAUAAAUGGCACACCAAAAUCCAUCGAAGAGAUUGAUUGCGAAACACAUUUUACAAACAAUGUUACGCGUUGCAACGAUGGUCGAUACAUGGUACGAUUACCAUUUCGUAAAGAUGAUAGACGACUCGGUGAAUCACGUACUGCCGCUCUUAAACGCCUGCAAUCUCUCGAACGUAAACUCAACUCCGAUUCACAUUUAAAAACAACAUACUCACAAGUAAUACAAGAGUAUUUAGAUCUAAAGCACAUGUCUCCAAUCGAUGAGCCACUUGACGACGGGUUUUCCAUGCCGCAUCACGCAGUGAUUAAGAAUUCGAGUAACACGACCAAGGUCCGCGUGGUGUUCGAUGCGUCAGCAAAAACAAGCAACGGUCCCUCUCUAAACGACUUGUUGUUAGUGGGACCCACUAUCCAAGAUCAGUUAUUUAUACAUUUAAUUCGUUUUCGUAUGUAUAGAUACGUGUUGUCUGCCGAUAUAGAAAAAAUGUAUCGGCAGAUAUUACUACAUCGAGACGAUCGAAUAUACCAAUGUGUGCUUUGGCGUCAGGACGGUCAAAUUAAGACUUUCCAACUUAACACGCUCACUUUCGGCGUGUCUUCAUCGUCUUAUCUCGCGAUACGCACCAUUCAAAAACUCGCCGAUGAUGAACGCGACGAGUUUCCUAAUGCCGCGGAAGUCCUUAAAAAUCAUCUUUACGUUGACGAUUUAUUGACCGGAGCAAGAACCAUCGAGGAAGCGCGUUCGCUGCGAAAUGAGUUAAUUACGCUAUUAUCUCGCGGCGGCUUCAACAUCCGACAAUGGGCCUCAAACGAGAAACGCGUUAUCGAGGAUCUAAGUCUUGACGCCGUGAAUUCCAAUCUUGUAAUUGACAAGGCUGGUGCUUUAAAAACGUUAGGUAUAUCGUGGUCCGCAAGCAAUGACAUGUUAACUUACUCGGUCCGUUCUAUCGAUCGCACCAGACGGAUCACGAAACGAACCGUCAUAUCAGAAAUUGCCAGAAUAUUCGAUCCUUUAGGCAUUUUAGGGCCAGUUAUCUUAUAUGCCAAAAAACUAAUGCAGGAUUUAUGGCGAUGCAAGGUAAAGUGGGACGAAUCCAUCCCCACCAGCAUACAUUGCGCAUGGGUCGAAUUCGCGGCACAAUUAGAUUCUAUUAACAAGUUAUCUAUUAAUCGUCAGAUAUUAAUUCAUAACUAUAUUGACGUUCAGAUCCACGGAUUUUGCGACGCGAGCAAUACAGGCUACGGCGCCUGCUUAUACAUUCGCUCGAACGAUGGAUAUAACACGCAUUGUUAUCUUCUAUGUGCUAAAUCGCGGGUCGCGCCGCUAAAAACCGUAACGAUACCGCGUCUCGAGUUAUGCGGUGCACUUCUUUUAUCCAAAUUAUACAAUGAGGUUCGUCGCGUGAUAAAAUUAGACUUCAGCAAAAUAGUUAUGUGGUGCGAUUCGACUAUAGUACUAAAUUGGUUGAGGACUUCAACGCAUCUUUUAAAACCUUAUGUAUCCCAUCGAGUCGCGCAAAUACAGGAAAUCACACAGCCACAAAUUUGGCGACAUGUUAGGACAAAGGAUAAUCCAGCCGAUGCGUUAUCCAGAGGUCAGCUACCAAAGGACUUUUUAAAUAAUCAUUCUUGGUUCUCGGGGCCGUCUUGGCUAAAGAAAUGUGAAAACGAGUGGCCUAAUAACAUAAUAGAAUUGAACGAAAUACCGGAACUUAGAAAAAACAUUUGUUUGACAACCGACGUCGUUGAUUAUAGUAUCUUACAGAGAUAUUCAUCAUACUCGAAACUGCUGCGUAUUGUGGCGUGGUGCCUGCGUUUUCAUCCGAGGAACACGUAUCGUGGACAAUUACAUAUAAACGAGUUAGAAGAAGCAGAAAUCAAAAUAAUAAAAAUCAUUCAAACUCAUAACUUCUCGCGCGAAUUAAAAGAAUUGAAACACGGGCGGUCGGUAAAUAAAAUCAAUAUCGCCGCUUUGAGUCCAUUUAUUGACGAAAAUGGCAUAAUUCGCGUCGGCGGAAGGUUGAGUAAGUCUAGAUUGGCGUACGCACAAAAACAUCCAAUUUUAUUACCGAGUCGCCAUUUCUUUACUGAUCUCAUUAUUAGAGAGACGCAUGAAAGGUAUUAUCAUACCGGCAUUCAAACGACACUGUACAUGAUUCGGCAAAGGUUUUGGCUGCUCGAUGGACGUAACCAGGUCCGCAAAAUCAUAAAAUCGUGUAUACGUUGUUUUCGAUUUAAUACAGACACCGUCAACUAUAAAAUGGGCGACUUGCCGAAGAAUCGAGUGCGUGAAGCGUUUCCAUUCGCGAAUACCGGUAUAGAUUUCUGCGGACCUUUCUACGUCAAAGAGAAAAAACAUAGAAACCGGAAUCGAGUCAAGACAUACGUAUGCGUCUUCAUAUGUAUGGUAGUAAAGGCCGUCCACCUGGAAGUGGUGAGCGAUCCCACCACCGACGGAUUCCUUGCCGCUUUGCGACGUUUUGUGUCAAGACGCGGCGUUCCGACACAUAUACACUCUGAUAACGGGACCAACUUUGUUGGAGCUAACAAUGAGUUGAAGGAAUUAUACCGUCUUUUUAAUUCUGAAGAACAUAAAAAUAAAAUUAAUCAAUUUUCGUUAGAACACCCCGUCACGUGGCAUUUCAUACCAUCCGUUACUCCACAUUUCGGUGGGCUAUGGGAAUCCACGGUAAAAAUAUUUAAACACCAUUUUAAGCGCGUAGUCGGAGACACUUUAUUCACCUUAGAAGAAUUUAAUACCUUUACCAUAGAAAUCGAAGGUAUAUUAAACUCGCGACCUAUAUCCGCUCUUUCCUCCGAUCCUAAUGACCUCUCCGCCCUUACACCUGCGCAUUUUUUGAUCGGUAAGCCGUUGAAUAAUCUACCUGAGCUCGAUCUCUCAUCUGUCCCAGCAAAUCGCCUAUCUACCUGGCAACACAUCCAAAAGGUGCGACAAGAUUUCUGGACACGAUGGCAUUUAGAAUACCUCAACGAGCUACAAGUUCGACAUAAGUGGAUCAAAAAUGGAGAAAAAAUCACCAUCGGAAUGAUCGUGCUUGUAAAGGACAAAGGACUCCCUUGUCUGCAAUGGGCUCUCGGCAAGGUCACAGAAAUUCAUCCCGGUGAAGAUGGAAUCCCACGAACCGUGACUAUCAAGACUCGUUCUGGAAUGCUGAAGCGUUCAGUGAAGUGUCUAUGUCCACUUCCUAUCAAUCUAUGA